AUGAGUGCGGCCGCGGCGCCGGCGCCCGAGCGCGGUUGGAAGAGCGAGAAAGUGGACGAGGCUCAGGCCCUGGCGCGGAGUUGCGCCGCCCGCAGACCCGACUUCCAGCCGUGCGACGGGCUCUCCAUCUGUGCCACGCACAGCCACGGAAAGUGCUUCAAGCUGCACUGGUGCUGUCACCUCGGAUGGUGUCACUGCAAGUACGUGUAUCAGCCGAUGACCCCUGUGGAACAGCUUCCCAGCACUGAGAUUCCUUCAAAGCCUUGGGAGCCUGCCAACACCAUUCAGAUUUCAGUCUCCCUCACUGAACACUUUCUGAAAUUCGCAUCUGUUUUCCAGCCCCCUCUCCCCCCUGACUCGCCAAGGUACUGUAUGAUCUCAGACCUCUUUAUUGACAACUAUCAGGUUAAAUGUAUUAAUGGGAAGAUGUGUUACGUGCAGAAGCAGCCGGCACCACAUUCCCACAAAAUGAGCCCCGAGGAGGUCUCUGCACAUGAUGCCUUUAUUUCAAAAGAGAGCAACACACCAAAAAUAGAUCACUGCUCUUCUCCCUCAAGUUCCGAGGACUCUGGGAUCAACGCGAUCGGGGCUCACUAUGUGGAAUCGUGUGAUGAGGACACGGAAGAAGGAGCAGAACUGAGUUCAGAGGAAGAUUACAGUCCAGAGAGCAGCUGGGAGCCAGAUGAGUGCACCCUUCUUUCCCCCUCACAGUCUGAUCUGGAAGUGAUUGAAACAAUAGAAACCACCGUGUGA